GAACACUUCUCUUAAAAUCUUACCCAACAUGGGCCAACAAGCCUCCGCCCCCCGACCAGGCACAGAACUGCAAGUGAUUGGGGCGGGACUGUCGCGUACAGGCACUGCCUCCUUCAGCGCCGCGCUGGAGAUCCUGCUGGAGAGUCCGAUAUACCACGGCGGUACUCAACAAACGAUGGGUUCGCCUGUCGAGAUCAAAACCUGGAAUCGCCUUCUCCGUGCCUGGCUCGCCGGCGACCGUGCCACGACUCUAUCUCUCCUCCGGGAGCGCACUGCCGGCUAUGCGGCCAUCACCGACGCCCCCGGCUCGCAUUUAGUCCCUGAACUGCUCGAGCUCUACCCUAACAGCAAGGUCAUCGUGACGGUACGUGAUCGCGACGCCUGGGUCAAGAGCAUGGAGCAGAUUGCCUCGCUUUCCACCUUGUGGUUCCUGCGCGCUGUCCUGCUGCCGCUGCCGGGCAUGCGACACUUCGUGACCUAUAUUUCCCUGGUGCGGGCGCAGUGGGACCGCAUCUACGAUGGCGACCGCGUUACGGCCUCGAUCUAUGAACGCCAUAUCGCCUGGCUGAAAGAGAUCGUCCCCGCCGAUCGGCUCGUUUUCUUCGAUGUCCGCGAUGGCUGGGAGCCUCUCUGUCAGGCACUCGGGAAGGAGGUUCCCAAGGAUAUUCUGUUUCCCCGUAUCAAUGAUUCCAAGGCGGUCGAUCGCGUGGCGGAGUAUCAUAUCAAGAGGGGUCUCGGACGCUGGGCGGUAGCCUUGACUGCGGUGGGGGCACUUGCUGCUUGGUGGUAUCUGAUGGGUCUGCCAAAUGACGAAAAGCGUCGGAGUGGAUCCUUCUGA